AUGGCGUCUGUGCAAGCUCCGCCUGCGGUGCAGCACCCAGGCGCGCCGAUGCCUGCCGGCGCAACCAAGCAGCAAGCCGAGGAGGUCUUCAAAAAACUUAAGCAGAUGAAGGAACAAGGCGUACCACCUACGGACCCCGAGUAUAUCAAGGCUUCUCACUUCUUGAUGAAUUUCCAACAGCAACACAACAUGCGCAGAAAUCAACAACAGUUUAUGCAGCAGCAACAACAACAGCAGAUGCAGAACGCUACCAAUGGCGUGCAACAACCCGGUCGAUCACAACAAGGCACUCCUCAGUCGACACAGGCUACUGCUGGUCCUCAAGGAGCUGCUGCCACUCCAACACAAACAUCUGCUGCAGCUCCUAAUGCACCACCUGCUCCUGGCUCUGGUUCAAGUCAAUUCAGUCAGCAGCAGCUUGCUCUCUUGCGGCAGCAGAUCCAUGCGUUCAAGCUACUUGGCAAGAAUGCUGGCGUUUCGGUUCAGCUGCAACAGGCCAUCUUCAAUCAAAGACAGCGUCGACAAGCUGCUGCCGUCGAGUCUACCCCGAGCUCUGCCAAGACAGCGCAGCCUAGCCAAGAUACUGAAAAGGCCCCUUCUGCAGCGCCCGAGGUUGCAACUGAAGAAGAGUCCCCUAUGCCAAAGGCCCACACGUAUAAGUCUGUAAAAUCACCUUACGGCACUAGCAUGAUUCGCCCUUCGAUCAAAUAUCUCGAUCAUACCCAGCGGAAGAACCGAUGGUUCAUUCCAGGCGUCUUUCCGACAGGUAUUGACUUCGACCACCUUCGAUAUGAGCGAGAAGUCGUCAUCUUCAAUCGAAUGAGUCAGCGGUAUGCCGAACUCAAGAACUUGCCGGCCAACUUGGCCCAUUGGGACUCUUCCAAGGAGUCUUUGGAGGCCGAUGACACACUCAAGCGAAAAGCCAUCAUUGAGAUGAAGAGCCUCGCUCUCUAUGCUAAGCAAAGAGCGUUGCGAGAAAAAAUUGGUCGACAAAUGGUACACUAUGACAACCUGGCCAUGACUACGAACCGAAGCCAUUACCGCCGGAUGAAGAAGCAAAACGUUCGGGAGGCCCGCAUCACCGAGAAACUGGAGAAGCAACAGCGUGAUGCCCGCGAAAACCGCGAAAAGAAGAAGCAUAGCGAUUUCCUGCGCGCUAUCUGCCACCACCGGGCUGAAAUCCAAGAGAGUGCCAACUCUCAGAAGACCAAGUCCCACAAGCUUAGCCGUCUCAUGUAUGCUCAGCACUUUAAUAUUGAGAAGGAAGAACAGAAGCGAAUUGAGAGAACGGCCAAGCAGCGUCUGCAGGCCCUCAAAGCCAACGACGAAGAGGCAUAUCUCAAGCUGCUCGACCAGGCCAAAGAUACUCGUAUCACACACUUGCUCAAGCAGACUGACGGUUUCUUGCAUCAAUUGGCGUCGUCGGUUAAGGCCCAGCAACGCCAUGCUGCCGAAGCCUAUGGCGAUGAUACGGAGCCAUUUGUCGAAGAAGAGAGCGAAGACGAUGACGAGGAAAGCGGCAAGAAGAUUGACUACUAUGCUGUUGCCCACAGAAUCAGAGAAGAAGUCACUGAGCAGGCCAGCAUUUUGGUUGGUGGUACAUUGAAAGAGUACCAAAUCAAGGGCCUGCAGUGGAUGAUAUCUCUGUACAACAAUAACCUCAACGGUAUCCUUGCUGAUGAAAUGGGUCUCGGCAAAACCAUUCAAACCAUCAGUUUGAUCACCUAUCUGAUCGAGCGCAAGAUGCAAAGUGGGCCAUAUCUCGUCAUUGUUCCUCUCAGUACCCUCACCAAUUGGAACCUCGAAUUCGAGAAGUGGGCACCAUCGAUUAGUCGAAUUGUGUACAAGGGUCCUCCAAACGCCAGAAAGCUGCAGCAGGAAAAGAUCCGUCAAGGUCGUUUCCAGGUGCUUUUGACCACUUACGAAUACAUCAUCAAGGAUCGCCCGAUCCUCAGCAAAAUCAAGUGGUUCCACAUGAUUAUCGACGAGGGUCACCGUAUGAAGAAUAGCAACUCCAAGCUGAGUGCUACCAUUCAGCAGUACUACACCACCCGUUUCCGUCUAAUCCUCACUGGUACUCCUCUCCAGAACAAUCUUGCAGAGUUGUGGGCUAUGCUCAACUUUGUGUUGCCAAACAUCUUCAAGUCUGUCAAGACUUUUGACGAAUGGUUCAAUACACCGUUUGCCAACACCGGUGGUCAAGAUAAGAUGGAACUCACCGAAGAAGAGCAGAUUCUCGUCAUUCGUCGUCUACACAAGGUCUUGCGUCCAUUCUUGCUCAGACGAUUGAAGAAGGAUGUGGAAAAGGAUCUCCCCGACAAGACCGAAAAGGUCAUCAAGUGCAAGUUUUCAGCUCUGCAAUCCAAGUUGUACAAACAAAUGGUCACACACAACAAGCUUGUGGUCAGCGAUGGCAAGGGCGGAAAGAGCAAUGCCCGUGGGUUGAGCAACAUGAUUAUGCAGCUCCGCAAACUGUGUAACCACCCCUUUGUUUUCGACGAGGUUGAGAAUGUCAUGAACCCUAUGAGCAUAAGCAACGAUCUGCUGUGGAGGACGGCCGGUAAAUUUGAGCUGCUGGACCGAAUCUUGCCCAAGUACCAGGCCACGGGCCAUCGAGUCCUGAUGUUCUUCCAAAUGACAGCCAUUAUGGACAUCAUGGAGGAUUAUCUACGGUACAGAAAGUUUGAGUACUUGCGUCUCGACGGCACAACAAAAUCGGACGAGCGAUCGGAUCUGCUCAGGGAGUUCAAUGCACCCGAUUCCAAGUACUUCAUGUUCUUGCUGUCUACGCGUGCCGGUGGUCUUGGUCUCAAUUUGCAGACGGCCGAUACUGUCAUCAUCUACGAUUCUGAUUGGAAUCCUCAUCAAGAUCUUCAAGCCCAAGAUCGUGCGCAUCGUAUUGGUCAGAAGAACGAGGUGCGAAUUCUUCGAUUGAUUAGUUCCAACUCGGUUGAAGAAAAGAUCUUGGAACGUGCCAGGUUCAAGUUGGACAUGGAUGGCAAAGUCAUUCAAGCCGGUCGAUUCGAUAAUAAGUCUUCUGAAACUGACCGUGAUGCCAUGCUUCGAACUCUGCUUGAGAGCGCUGAUAUGGCCGAAAGCGGCGAACAGGAUGACAUGGAAGAUGAGGAGCUGAACAUGAUGCUGGCACGUAGCGAUGAUGAAAUCACUGUUUUCCAGAAGAUUGAUGAGGAGCGGGCUCUCGACCCCACGUAUGGCAGCGUCAAUGGUGCCAAGGCGAAACCCAGACUCAUGGGAGACGAUGAGCUGCCAGAAAUCUAUCUGAAUGAAGGCAGCGUUGUCGAAGAGGAGACUGAGGAUCUUGUGCUUGGACGCGGUGCCCGUGAACGCACCAAAGUGCGGUACGACGAUGGCUUGACAGAAGAACAAUGGCUGAUGGCGGUGGAUGACGACGAGGACUCGCCGGAAGCAGCCGCCCUUCGCAAGCAAGCCAGAAAGGAUAAACGAGAGACGAACAGGCUUAAGAAGAUGGCGAUUAUGAACUCGAUUGAUAACUCGCCCUCGGCUAGCCGUGCCAGCACAGAAGAAAUAGAAACGCCCAAGAAGCGCGGGCGCAAACCAGGCAGCAAGAAUGAGAAACGCAAAGCCGAAGACGGUGACGAAGAACCGCCCGCCAAGAAGCGACGUGGUCCUCAAGGCCGGCCAAGCAAAGGCGGCUCCGUGGCUACUGAUUCCCGGGUCAAUCCACAACAGCGUGAGGUCUUGCAGAAGAGUUUGCGCGGCCUUUACGAUGCCCUGAUGAAUCUAGAAGUGGACGAUAUCGAGCCGCCUGCUGAGGAUGACGAGUCGGAUGCCGGCAAGCGUCUCAUCAUUGGUCCCUUCAUCAAGCUACCACCCAAGCGCGACUAUGCAGACUACUAUCUGAUCAUCCAGAAUCCCAUUUGCAUGAACCAUAUCCAGACUCGUAUCAAGAAGGAAGAGUACGCGAGCCUCAGUGACUUGCGAAAGGAUUUCCAACUCAUGAUCCGCAACUGCCAGACCUACAACGAGGAUGGCAGCAUUCUCUAUCAGGAUGCCAAGACUAUGGAGGAGUUCUUCAACAAGAAGUUUCAAGAGGAACUGGACGCUCACACCGAAUUGCAAGAGCUGGAAGAAGGUGGCAGCAAGGCAGGAUCUGCCGCGCCGUCUGGCCAGGGACCCAGCACACCGCAGACCAGCAGCGGCACCAGAAUCAAGAUUAUUUCCAGCAGUGCGCGCGCGAGCGAGGCAGCUAACGGCACCAAGUCGGCGGCCCAGAGUGACGACGAGUAA